CUCGGUUCCUCUGUGCUUACGCUGAACCUCACCUUUCAGCAUAUAGGUGUUUCUGUCGUGUCGAAUCCGUUUUGUUUCUCAAUUCUCCCCUCGUCCUAGUUCUGUUGCACUAUCAGUUCGAGAUUUCCUCGCAAUGGCUCCGAAGAACGACAUCCCCGCCUACGUCCUAGGCGUCGGCCUCACCAAGUUCAUCAAACCGCGUGCACAGCGCGCGUAUCCGGAGAUGGGAUAUGAAGCUGGUGUGAAGGCAAUGCUCGAUGCGCAGAUCAACUACGACGAUGUGGAGACUGGUGUUGCGUGCUACUGUUACGGAGACACCACGUCUGGCCAGCGGAUCUUCUAUCAAUUCGGAAUGAGCUCGAUCCCAAUAUACAACACAAACAACGCUUGCGCUACUGGAUCCACUGGACUGCACCUCGCGCGCACACUCGUCAAGAAUGGCGCCGUAGACUGCGCCCUCGUCAUUGGCUUCGAGCAGAUGCAGCCUGGAUCUAUCAAAAGCGUCUGGAGCGACCGCCCCUCGCCCAUGGGCCUCAGCAUGCGCAUGAUGGCCGAUACUCGCGGUGUCGAUAAGUCGCCACCCAAUGCUCAGUACUUCGCCAACGCCGGGAAAGAAUACAUGGAGAAGUACGGGGCCGAGGCUCGAGAUUUCGCUGAGAUUGCAAGAAUAAGCCACGAGCACAGUCAACGGAAUCCGUACGCGCAGUUCCGGGACGUUUACACGCUCGAGCAGAUCGAGAAGGCGCCCAUGAUCUCCUGGCCACUGACGAAGCUGCAGUGCUCGCCUACCAGCGAUGGAGCGGGCGCUGCUGUUAUAGUAUCGCAGAAGUUUCUGGAUGCAAGGCCACAUCUGAAAUCCCAGGCGAUUCUUAUGGCUGGCCAGGCCUUGCUCACCGACUCUCCGCAACUGUACUCCAAAUCGUCGAUGGACCUUGUUGGCUACGACAUGACGCGUCGCGCGGCACAGGCGGCUCUCAAAGAAGCCGGUGUAUCGCCAAAAGAUAUUAAAGUCUGCGAGCUACACGACUGCUUCUCGGCCAACGAACUCAUCCUGCUUGAAGGCCUCGGCUUUAGUGAACUAGGCAAAGCGCACCACAUGGUUCGAAACGGCGACAUUACAUACGGCGGCAAAGGACCGAUCGUAAACCCUUCUGGCGGCCUCAUCAGCAAGGGCCAUCCCCUCGGCGCAACGGGUCUUGCACAGUGCGCAGAGCUGACCUGGCAGCUUCGAGGAUGGGCGAACAACAGGCUGGUAGGAGACGCCGAUGUUGCGCUGCAGCAUAAUCUGGGGUUAGGAGGCGCUGUAGUCAUCACCGUUUAUAAGAGAGCGGAUGGGGCGAAGAACGCAAAAGUCACUGACGAAGAGGUGAGGAAGAGUAGCCAGUUCGACUACAAUCCCGCGGUUGAGGCACGAUAUGUGACUAAGGAAGAUGGAGACAAGGUUAGAUCGAAGACUGUCAGGAACGAGUAUGCGCUUGGAGAUACUUUGGAGAAGAUUCAGAGUCGGCUUUAGGUAUGCUAUGUGUAAUGUACAUUGAACGAAUAGGACCCGCUUCCUUUACGGCGUUCUUUGAGAUGGUCUUGCUCAUCGCAAUUAGCCCAGCUAGCCUGUACGUUUCGCCGGCCCAAGGCCCCGUGUAUCAAAGCCUUAUGAGACAGCCUGGGCAAAUCGUCAGCAUUACCACUAACUCAACAUGAUACCAGUA